UCGCUUCUUAUUGUGCGUCGCGACGGAAAAGUGUCCGCGUACAGCGGCGUCUCCGCCUCGGCUUCUCCCGGAGAAACUCGCGCGAGCGGGGACGGCGUCGAAGCGGUGGGUAGAAGCCCUCGCGCGGCCCUCGCUCCAGGACACGCGGCUUGCCCGCAUCCGCGCGCGCGUACGUUCCAUCUUUCGCGGUAUCGGCCCGUCGAAUAUAUCGAAGAAGUUUCCUCUCGGCUCAUUGCGUGCGCGCGCGCGCAUCUUCUCUCUCUCUGUCUGUGUGUGUGUGUGUGAUCUCACGCCGCGAGAUCGGUCAUCAAAAGUUACGUCGCUCCUCGCGUCUCCGGAGCGACGUGAAGUUGGCCGCUUCAAGGAACGGGGCUGCGAUGUCACGCGAUCGAUAAUACCGGCGAGAGAGGUCCCCGUGAUCUCGUCUCUCGACACGCUCUCGGGCAACCAAUCGACGGACGUGUGUAUCCGUGUGUUCGCACACACGGGACGGAGAUUGACUCCGCGUCUUCUUCUCCGCGCGGAGAGGAAAUAUCUGCCAUGCCGACGGUUUCUACGUCGUAGAGCGUCCGUCAAGCCGCGAGUCGCGUCGCCAGCAGCGGCGACGAUGCAUUCGUCGUUCGUCGGGCUCGUCUCCCGCGCCGGAGGACGGAGGAAGUAGGUGAUACGCGAAAUCCGCGCGCGCGCGCGCGCGUGUGUGUACGUGUAUAUGUGUGUGCGUGUGUGACGGCUCGUGAACGAGUGCCAUCGUCGCGGUGCAGCGUCUCGUCCUUUUUCGGAUGGACCUUUCCUGGAGCCUGGUGCAUUCGGACAACGCGUGCGUGCAUUCGUCGACUGCGCAGCGGCGGCGGCGGCCAUUUUGAAUCGAUGAGUGCUCGUCGCGGCAGCGCGGCGGCGAUGAUCAACAUCGUCGCGCCGUCGUAACGCCAAAGUCGGACGGUCGGUUCUCCGCGUCUUCGUCGAGGCCGCGCCUCCCCGCGACCCACACCACUAACGUACGAACGUACUUUCGGGAACGUUCGUGUUGACGCGUGUAUGCCACUGACUCACGCAUGCACGCAUCAUCGGAGAAAUGGUGCUGCACCUCCGGGUUUUCUACUUUCGAGAGAAAACCACGAUAACCGCGGCAGUGACACUCGACGAGUUUCGACCGACGGUUUCGGGAAAAUAAGAGAGAAUCGUCGCCCUCGAGAGUCGGGACUUUCGAUGUUUCACGUGCGGCAAGUGGAAGCGCGCACAGUGGGAUCCACCUGCUUAGCGCAGCGACCGCGUCGAUUAUUCGAAUUUGACAUGUGACCGCCAGCAGUUACGUUUACGUAAGUUGUCGUCGCUGCCAAAGUGACGCUUGCUCGGUCGCACUCGCGCUCGCGAGGGAACGUCAUCGAUCUCCGUUCCUCGUGAAUCCUCCGCGUCUCUCGCGCUCUCGUGAUAUAUCUCGCGGGCGAGCUGGUGACGAGAGAGACACACCGCGUAUCGCGAUCCGCGGGGACAGCUGUGUGCGCAAGUUGACAAUCUGCUCGGGGGCUAACCUCAAAUUCGUGCGGGACGAUAUUGGCAGUGUCCGGUGACGAGGUAGCGUGACUAAACUGCAUUCACGGUUGCACGAACAGUGAAACGGGAGCGUGGAAAGCAUGGGAAGUGCGGAUUACGAGUGACAGUCGGAGUGGCACUCCGCGAGAAGACGUCGAUCGACGACGGUUCGAGGGGUCGAAUUUCGUCAACGGUGAGGAACAGGAAGCCAUUUUCGUUGCACUCCCGUGCGUGAAAUAGUGCGAGAAUCGUGGAAUGAUUUUCCACGAGUUCGGCGGUUCGCGGAUCGAAAUCUCAGAGUGGAUCUAAAAUUACGAUAUCCGAAUUAAGAUUCUUUUUUAGGUUAGUUAUUUCCUAAUAAAUCUUUUCUGAAUUAACGAAUUUGAAAUUUAGCAGCUUCUUUUUCGUUAAUGUUCAAUGUUACGUUGGCGACUCGAUCUUGUAGACGAGAGUUUUCUUGAAAUUCUAGAGUAGAAUGAUAGGAUAGGCUGUCCUUUUCCAUAUCGUAAUUGCAUCCGUAACGCGACAGAGAAAGAGGAUCGAGUGAUUAAUCGAGCUUGACUCGCAGUAUCGGCAUCGGUGCAACCGGUUCGGACUCCUCGCCGACACCUUGUCCUAUCGUGCAUUGUCUUCGUCAUUGUUGCCUUCUUCGGGCGGUGGUUUUCGUCGAAUCGAGUAUCCCACCCAGUGCAGUGCGGCGUCGUCAAUGCGGAACAGACUACCAACUAAUCCGCGAACGUCUCCUUCGGAACGCCAUAGUCCUCGAUAAAUCGAACAGAACGGAUACGGAGAGGAUAGAGACAAAUCGCGCGAGAGGGAUGGCGAUAAGGGAGCCAUGAGCACGGCGGACACCGCGCUGUCAAUUUCGAUCAAGAUGGCUCCAGGGCCGGAGCAUCGUCAGGAACCGGUGGCUCCCGACAAGAUCGCGGAGAGCGAUCGUGCCGCGACCGCCGCCGAUGUCGUCGUCGACGUCGAGAACGUCGAUGCCACGACAACCGGUAGCGACAAUGACGACGCCGUCGCAGCUAACACCGCCACCGUCGCCGCUGCCGUCGUCGCCGUCACCGCGGAGCAAAGUUCGAACGUCGAAAUCGCACCAGCUAGCUUCGCCGCAGGCGCCGAUCCGAUCAGCCAAAGCUCACCGCCGAACAGCGGCGCCGACAGCAAACAGGAAGAACCAGCAACUCUGUCCGCGUUGAACGAGGGUGAACUGCGUGCUCUGUUGGACGAGGCUAUAACGUACAAGUGUCCGAAAGAUCGGGAAGGGAAGUCUAAUCUCUUUAAGGAACUUUUACAAGAGGCAGAGGCGGACGAGACUGAGGAGGGACGCAGAGUGAUAUCCAACUCACGUUGCCUACCUGGUUCAAAUCGCAGAAGACACAAACGGGAAUCUGUGUCCGAGCGUUUGACACACGGCGGAUCACUUCAGAACUUGGCACAACCUAUCGCUUCGGAAUUCGAUAGUAGUUUUGCUUAUCUAACAUCUAGCUCGUGUCACACUUACGGCAGUAGCAGGAGAAAGAACAAAAAGUACACAGGUCCUAGCGUUUCUGCCCGGCAGAGAGAAGGUGGAUCACUACCAUCGAACGUAAACGCGUCGCACAGCCUCGCCUCUCUGGCUAACUUAGAUCUAAUAUUCGAUAAAAAGAAGAGCUUCUGCGAGGAACGAUCAGUAUAUGAUUGGACCAAUAAGGAAAAAUCCAAGUCUUUAGACAAACCUUCAUACACUAGUACAAAGAAGGAAGAUAAGGAAAAAGAGAAGAAAGAAUCGAAGAGAGACGUUGCCGGGUCGGGCGAGGUGGAACUAGAAGCACGAGAGAAAAGAGUCAGCAAAGGGAAAUACGGAACAAAUGAAAUGCUGGAGUCAGACAAUCCACCUCCGGAAUACAAGUCAGAUUAUAUGGUUAUUGAUUUAGGCGAUGUCGAGGUAGGUGCUAUUAGUGAGAGAAAUGUGGCGUCCGCGGCAAGCGGCGUGCAGAGACCUCGCUCGUUAGACGCCGAGAACGAUGAAGGGACUGAGAUGAAAAUUCUCGAACCGCGUAAACCGAUUCACUACGUUACGCGGGCGACUUUCGACAUCACGCAGGCACCUGUGGACACGACGAUCGAGUUCCCGCUUCGCGAACACAAACAGGAGAAGUCGAAGAUAUCGGUUAAUGGUGCGGAGAUGACAGGGGCGUUGUCGUUUCAGUCGCACAACAGCGUAAAAUGUGGGAUAGGUGGUGCUUCGAACAGUUCUAGCAGCAGUCAGGGCAAGGUCGUGCCGAGUUUGUGUACCAUGGUGCCAGCGACCUGGCAAACGCAGAAUAUAACAAUGGUACGCGGAUUGUGCACAGAAGGUACGCGGUACGCAACGCAGCACAUCACCAUGAAGGAUCCGUCCGCGUCCGGCGAGAAGAAAUCGCUGGACGAGAAUGGGAACGCGGUGCAGACCUACAACGGCGAGCGCAAGAAGCCCAGACGGAAGCACACCCAGGAGCACAACGUGAAGGUUUACAACGCCGAAAACGUCGAGGGUCACCGCAACGAGGAUAUCGACAGUCUGAUUAAUUUCAUUGAGAAUAAAGAUUCCAAGAGCAAAAAGGGGAAGACCGGGAAUCCCGUUAGAAUGAAGACCAGUACCGGCACAAAACCGAGAACCAGAGAGAAGGACGCGAAGCGGGAACAGUUACCCGCCAAGUUGCAGAAGUCCAAUUCCUUGGAAGAGAUUUCCAAGACGAAAUUGGAGGAUCUCACGACGGAGAAAAGCGUUAGUUCCAGUGGUGCCAGCAGCGUAUCCAGCCAGCACGGCAUGAUAAACGUGGCAUUGCGACGCGCGAAGCAGCGGAGCACCGGAGAUGCGACGGUCGACAGUCGAGGCGACAGGCGAUCCUGGGGUACAGAAGAGGGCCAGUCGAUAUAUUGCAACGACACGGGCGAGGAUUACGCUAGCCGCCGUAACUCCUCCACCAAGAAGAUCAACCCGGAGCCGGAACACGAGACUGAGUUCCUCGUAGUCACGAAGAAGAAGAAGAGUAAGAAGCAGAGGAGAAGCUCCAGCGGCGGCAGAGCCCAGAAUCUGACUACGUCUGGCUCGUAUCUCCCGAAUUCCAGGGGAUUCUCGAACGAGUACAGGACACCGCUGUCGCCGGAACUCCGAAGGAAAUCUGCGAGCAGUAUGCCUCCAAGCGACAAGUCGGACAGCAGUGACUUGGACUCGGUUCACUCGUUGCCGGUUACUUCGAACAGCUCGAAGCACAAUCUGUCGAAAGUCGCGACAUCGUCGGGCGGUACCCCGCAAGCGAGCUACGCGGACAUAGCGCGCAUGGCUACGAUCAACAUGUCGCACAAUUUGAACAUGUCUGUGAUCGUGCCAAGUAUGCUGAACAACACGUCGUGGCCCAGCGUCCCACCCAAGACUCCCUCGGAACCGGACAAGAUGCCGCAGGAUUACUAUCCCAGUCUGGACGAGAUACAGGAGAGGAAAGCGAGGCAGCUCGGCCAGGCGACCGGCACGGCGUCGGCGAGCCUGAGCUUGAGCUUCGACAAAUUCUCGCCGAUACUGGCGAAGGAGAAGAGCUCGUUGGAGAGGAAGAAAGCCGAGGCCCAGGAAGAGGCUAUCAAUAAGAACAUUCAAGUGUACAAAUACGUGCAGGACAUCGGGAAGAUGCAGGAAAGCCUAACGCAGCAGGAGCAGAAGCACGCUGCCACGGUGUUGCCCAGCAACGGCGGCACGAGUGCGAACGAGAGUGCUACCGCGACACCAAGAUUAAACAAUAACGGUACAACGGUGAACUAUAGUCCAACCGAUUCCGAUAAUAAUCCUGGUUGCGCGGUCAACAACAAGGAUUCCGCCGUGCACUCGAGAACCAAUAACCCGCGUUCUCGCAGAACGUACGUGCACAGUAACCCAAAUAUGCAAACUCAGGGAUCGUACGAGGAGCAGCACGUCAAGAAGGUUGCGUCUUCUUAUCACGACGAGACGCCGAAGAAGUCGCACAACUCCGACGCCCCGCAGUCGACCGAGAACAAGAGCAAUCCGCACUCGGACUGCGCUGCGGACGCGCAGAAAUCGAAAACGGUGAAACCUGCGCAGGAGUCCGCGCCGAGCGUCGAGUCCGAUGGGAGCGGCAAAGCAGCGACCAGUAGCAGCGAGCCAAAGACCGCGAGAGUCGUGAGGGAGUAUCAGAGCAGCACGACGAGGCACGACGCAACGAAGGCGACGAGUUGUCCGUCGCAAAACGUGAAGCCGGACACGCAGCAGCGCGAGGAAGCGGAGAGCAAGAGGACGCCGAAGCCGCAGAGUGCGCAGCCGGAGAAAGAUCAGUCGCAGAGAUCGCCGGAGGUGCAGCAGCAGACGAAGAACUCGACUCCGCGACCGGCGGUGAUCCUGCUGGACGAGACUUCGUCGGACGUUGCCAGGAACAACAAUCUGCCGACGGAGCUAACCUUCGGCUUCGAGAUAAACGAGCUGCUGCUCUCGGAGGAUAACGGUAACGAGGAGGCGCCGGCGCCGGCGACGGCAACACCCCCGAACCCCGCGUUUUCGCCGGCCGUGCCACCGCCGCAGCCGCUCGUUAACAAGCCGCCGGCGAGCAACUUCGACAGGAAUCCGCUGUUGAACUUCACCGAGAAACCAGUGAGAUACGACAAGUUCUCGUCGAACUAUCACAUGCAACCGCCGAACACCCACGUCGCGUCGACGAACGCCCAUGUGACGUCCGUGCACCCAGCGGUUAUGGUGCAACCGCUGCCAUACGUGAACUAUUGUGCCAGAUUUCCGCCGCCUACAUAUCUGCCACCGCCGCCUCCGCCGCCGCCUGGGAUCAUGGAGAAGUUCCAUCCACCGAAGGAGGAUUUCUCCAUGUUGUACGUAGCUCCCGAAGAAGAGCUGAACGUGCAGACGUACAAUCACGACAAGAUCGUGUCGUUCGUUGGUUUAGCCUGGGAUGCGGUUAUGAGGGAAAUGCCAGUGACUGCGACUGGACGCAUACAGUUCUACAGCGGACAGUAAAAUGAGGAUUAUCGGCGCAUUGGAGGAAAUCGGCAAUAAUGGUCCUUUUGUACCGGUAAACUACUUCCAUUACAAAUAGCUAGUUUGAUGGUCUCCUGUUUGACACACGAGGCUGUAAGUACUUGUAUGUGUUGCGUGCACGGCUGUUACCCCCCCCCCCCUCCUCCCCCGAGCGUACGGACGUAAAGUUUGCUCGGGGAACCACCUGUCUCACUCACGUUGGAGUUAAAACGCUAAGCCAGAUCAGUGCGAGAUCAGUGGAGCCGAGUUGCGGUGCAAAGUGUGCCUCAAGAGAUAAUAAUAGCAAUGUAUAUAUAUAUAUGUAAUCAGAAACCACCAAAAACAAGAGGGAAGACGAAGAGAGAGAGGACAAAGUGUAUAUUCCAUUGAUACACGUUGUACUUGCGUGAAAAUUUCUCACGGCGAUAAAAUGGUGUCGUAAAAAAAUUCAGUAUUGACUAUUUUUAACGACGCUCGUGACGGGAAAGUGUGAGACUCUUUCAAGAACUAUCAACUACGGUUCCUCAUGUUUGGACGAAGGAGACUUCCAGUGUACAAGUCACGCAUGUACAUAUACGUUGAACGUCAGUGUAGAGUUUUGGAUACUGUCUUUGGACUCGUUUAUGAGUUUACGGUUUCGAGGAGUGUUUAGGAAAAAAAAAAAAAACUGCAAGGAGAAACGUAAGCUCAUAGUCUACCAGGUCUACCAUGAAGCGGAUCUCGUUGAAGAGAAGCAUCCUUGCGCAUCCCUGCGCAUCAACGUGGUGUGUCUCCUGGUGCCUUCUGCACUAUCGCGUAUCUACGAGCGAAUCUAUGAACGGAGAAUUAGAAAAGCCUAUUACGUUAAACGAUAAUCGAGUCGAGAAGUCUGUGAAAAGUACCAUUGUAAUAAACAAUUGUAAUAAUUAGUUUUCGAACUCUCUUGCGAGCUGGGACGAUCUCGAUCGAUGCCGUUCGAAAGUUAUGCGAACCAGCCGGUGAGUCUUCGUCGAGAUAUUAAAUAAUAAAGUCAAAAUGCUGGGAAUUCUAGAUGUACUUUAUUCGAUACAGCAGCGUAAUUAAUUAAUUAACAGAAAUUAAGAUGUGCGGUCGGUGAUGUCGGUGAGAGAGGUGGAUGGAUGUAAAUGCGCGGCUUGUGAACGUGUGUAAUAUAUUAAGAUAAUGUGAUUGACUUAGGACCUCUCAGAGUGGCUACUUCUUCCAGCUGUGAAGCAGCCGUUAGCUUAAGACAAAAAAGAAGUCACUAACUGGAUUUCGAAAAUAAAAAAAAUGUUGCGCUCAAAAUCUGGUCAAAUAAACUGUGAGGAUAGAGUGUGCUGAGUGUGUGAAGAAACGCUAAAUUUUUACACGGACCUGCUUAUUUAAUAAACAAAAUUAGUAAUUAUUCGUAAUAAUAAUUAUAAGAAGAUACUUGCUUGUGAUCAAUAAAGAUACGAUGGUGUGGAUGCGCGUGCGUGCGUAAUGAUUCAUGCAAACCUCUGUCGGGUGGUCAUGAUGAAAAUGAGAUUGCUGUUCGACCAUAGUGAUUACGUACGCGUUGCAAUAUCCUCGGGUUUUCCUCGGGAUUCUAAAACCAGAGCUAUUCCAAAUUGAUUGCAUUUCGUGCGGAUCUUGAUGUUGCAGUUGUUGCGCGUAUAAUGUUGCACGGAACAUGUUCGCUUCAUGUUUGAACAAUGAUAAUUUAGAGAAUUUAGGGUUUAACAGGAGAAUUCAAUUGACUCUGUAUCUACGAAUUGUUGACAAUAUUAACUGCCUUGCUCACGUGUAUUGUCUACAGCGUUACGUGAUUGUUUUAUUAUUCCAGAUUUUCAGUAGCGAAAGAGAGAGAUACUAACAGUUUACUGAUAUAAUUUUCCUGAAGACCCGUCUGCAUCCGGAUGCAGCGAUGCAUUCUCGCGACAUGGAGACUUUCAAUUCCACUCAAUCUGACCUCGGAUUCUGCUGCUUGCUGAGUUCUGUGAUCGUUGUAAAUCAAAGCGUCCCAAAACUGCACAAAGAUAAAUCUGUGGAUUAUAUUGAUGUGUAUCGUUUGCUCACUCGGUAUACCUCGACUUUUAUAAAACUUCAUACGCGAAAUACGUUCCUAGUUAUUAAGUUUUUCCGUUUUUUCGUGUUUUUUUUCGGAUAUAUCUCACAAAUGAUGAAACACAAAUAAUGUCCAAAACGCGAGGUUUUGUACUUUUUUUUUCCAAGGCGUUAUUACAGGCGUGAAAACGUGAUCACCGAUUAUUUUGAUAAGCAUGUGGAAAUCGCAUGAUAUAUGCGUAUACAUGGCUAUAUAAAUAUAUUACGGUCAAUUUAAUCUUAAAUUAAUCGAAAAAUUAAGAAAAAAAAAGCAAAAAGUAUAAACCAUGUCUCUCGAGUUCAUCAUGCCUGUAAAUGCCUAAAAAUCGAGCCUAAGAGGAAUAAUAAAGCUGCUUUUAACUACUACAACAACAAAGUUCUUUUGCCUGUAAGUCUACAAAUUCUAUAAACUCAGGUUAUUGCAGUCCACGUGUUAUGCUCUAAGUAAGCAAACGUGUUAAACAUUAAGUGUUCAUCCCUUUGCGUUUAAAGCUUAGAUUUAAUUACAUUUUUUUCGGUUCUUCGGUUCCGUGUCAUUACUCAUUAACGAAGCGGGAGUGCGAGAGUAUAUUCUACAUAUUGCGCCUGAAAAUAGUUAUUUGCGCAUUGCUAGCCGUAUAUUCAAUAUACAAGAAUAAUGUUCGAACAGCAGUCUCGUGCGAUGGAGAAACGAAUGAAUGAAGUGUUGCAGAAACUUAUCGCCUUUAUAGCGGUAAUGAUAAAGUAAAUUAUCAUAGAUAAGUUUCAUAUGGAAGCAUGAAAGUGUAUUGUCUAUUUAGUAUUAACGCAAAUUAAUUAUUGUUAGUGGAUUAGAAUUGAUAAAGUUUGUUAUACAUCGUCUUUUCUUUGCGAAGAUAUCAAAAUUGCGUAAAAACGAAAAAAAA